GUCGUGUGAGAGAUCACUCUAUAAAAUAGGAGCGCAAGAAGAUUUUAGGAAGUACUAUCAAUGUACAAGAUAUUGUCUAUUGUGAUUGAGUUUUUAGCUAUGACCGAAUAGAGAAUUGAGAGAUCCAAAUCCAAAAGCUUGCUUCAUCAGGCAUGAUCUCUAGUUGACUGCACUGUCCCAGGGGAGCUAAGUAUUCAAGCAUUCUCUUCAAGAUAAAAUUUGCAGGAAAAGAUUGCCAUGCCUACCAGUUACGCAGAAGAGACUAUCAUUGACAUAUCACUAUUUAGGGAGCCUAAUUGGGACCCGGAUUGUUGCAUCUACAAGGUCCCCAAAAGACUUCGCAAUGUAAAGAAUGCAGCCUACACUCCAAAGCUUAUUUUAAUAGGCCCUGUUCAUCACAACAGGGAGGAACCAGAGGACAUGAAGAUCAUGGAAACUCUGAAAAAAAGAUAUUUCAAGAAAUUCUUUUCUCGAACUAAGAAAAUCCAAGAAGAUUUUGAAAAGAUCGUUGAAGAAAACAAAGAUAAGAUCCGCCAUUGUUAUGCUGAAGAGAUCCCUCUACCUGAAGGGAAAAAUUUUGUGGAUAUGAUUCUCCUGGAUUCUAUCUUUAUCAUUGAGCUUUUCUUGAGGAGUGAUGCUAAGGAAGAAGAAAAUGAUUAUAUACUAAGUAAACCAUGGCUAAAGGAUGGUGUAAGGCAAGACUUGAUAUUACUCGAGAAUCAGGUUCCAUUUUUUAUACUUAAUGAGUUAUAUCAAGAUUUUGCAACGUCUACAGGCUAUCAAGCUUCUUUUCUUACGCUUGCUUGUAAGUACUUUUUUAACAGCGAAGAGAAAAUAUGCGAUGAGAAGAAAGUAAAACAUUUCACUGAUUUGCAGAGAUAUUUCUUCAAACCACCCAACCAGAAACCUGGAGAUCCUAUUGAACAUCGACAUAGUGCAACAAAACUGGAGAUGGCGGGAUUGAUAUUCCAAACUCAGAAAGGACCAGAAAAAAAGAGAAGCUUACUUAACGUACAAAUCCAUAAGUGUAAUAAGUUGUCAAAAAUAUUUCCAUGCUUCAAUUGCUCAUGGCUCUGGGGUUGCAUACCGUGCUUGAAAAAAAUUCCGUACUUGAAGUGUAUGCAAACUCACUUGGUAAUUCCACACUUUGUGGUAGAUAACAAAACUGAAGACCUUUUUCGAAAUCUCAUGGCCCUUGAGCAGUGUCAUUAUCCAAAAGAAGCUUACAUAUGCAAUUAUAUCUUGCUAUUGGAUUUUCUUAUCAACAAUAAAGACGAUGUGGAGUUGCUUGUUGAGGACGGAAUUAUUGUCAACUCGUUGGGCAGCAAUGAAGCAGUUGCCGAAAUGGUUAACAAACUUGGCCACGAAAUUGUGGAAGUAAAUUCCUAUUACCAUGAUGUUGCUGAAGAUCUUAAUAGUUACUACCGUAACUUGUGGAAUCAAAAUAUGGCAUCCCUGAAAACAGUAUAUUUUCGGGAUAUUUGGAGAGGAACAGCAACUUUUGUUGGGAUCAUAGUCCUUGUGGUAACUAUCAUGAAUUUCCUUAGGCCCUUUGUCUUCAAGCAUAUUUAAGUGUUGUUUCUGAAAUAUUAUCAUGUUAGUUAGAAGUUUGGCAUUGCAAGUAGCUGAUUUUGAAAUUGUGAAUCUGUUUAGUUUGUGUUAUUAUUUCCUUUCUAAAAAUUUCUACCUUGUACUUCAAAUUUUGGAUGUUCCAAACGUUGUUUCAGUACCGAUCUAGAGUUCUUAUUAAGUAAAGUUGUAUGUUUUGUGUUCCCUAAUAUAUACCA